UGGCGAUCGUCGAAUACAGAAAACCGGGAAAUUGAAAUAUUUUGAAGAAUUUCAAGUAACUUUUCAGGAAGACUUUUGAAGCAGAAAUUUUGAGGACCCGUUCAAAGAAUCAACAAUGGAUUUUACUGUGGAUAACAUUGAGCAUGCUUUACAGUCAUUCUACUCGGAAGCAACUGUUCAGAAAGAGGCUAAUAGGUGGCUCACUGAGGCCCAAGUGUCUAGUCAAGCAUGGACUUUCUCCUGGCAGUUAUUGUCACCAGAGAAGCCAGCAGAGGUCCAGUUCUUUGGUGCAAGCAGCCUGCAUAUUAAAGUUUCUAAAUUUUGGCAUGAACUGCCUACUGGGGAGGUUGCUCCAUUGAGAAAUCAGCUGUUUGAGAGAAUUGUUCAGUUUGCCAAGGGGCCAAGAAUGGUGUUAACAAGGCUCUGUGUGACUCUGUCUGCUUUUGCUAUGAACACAAUACCUGAAGUAUGGCCUGAAGCUAUUCAUGGUAUGAUCACAACAUUUCAGCAGGCACAACUGCCAGGCUUACAGUCUGAAGACCUCUGUAGAGUGUUGUUGGAGUUGCUUACUGUAUUACCAGAGGAGUUCUCUGUUGCUCAUAUUCCACAUGACAGAAAACCUCUAGUCAGACACGAGCUACAAAAAGGCCUAAGUCAAGUUUUGCAGCUACUUCAGAGUCUAUUGUCUCCUAACUCCCCACCUCAGAUCCACACACAGGCUCUAAAGUGUUUUGGGAGCUGGGUGGAGUUUGGAGUCCCUUUAGUGGAUAGUCAAGUCCUCAUACAGCAAGUGUUCCUGGCUGCACAGCAUGAGCCUUUGUUUGAGACAGCUAUAGAUACACUGUGUACCAUUUUCAGUCACCAUAGCGCAUAUAAGUAUCCUAGUUGUAUAAAAAGUAUGCUGACCAAUGUUGUACAGCUGAAGCCUCUGUUAGACAAAAGUAUACAGGAAUCUGAUUUGGGCAACACACAGAUGUUAUGUAGAUUAGUGUCGACUGUAGGAGAGAAUCAUCCCAAAGUUCUCAUAUCUGACCAAACUGAUCCCCAGCAUUGUAAUAAUGUUAGACUGCUUAUUUCAAUGAUUCUGCAAUGUACGGGACUUCCUGGUCAUUUCCCUGUUGAUGAGUCUUGUAGUGACAUCACAUUUACCUUCUGGUAUAUCCUACAAGAUGACAUUUUAAGUUGUGAAAGUGCAAAUCGUGUUCAACUGGUGCGGACAUUUCAACUGGUGUAUAUAUCUUUAGUGGAGGUUCUCUUAAGAAAGGUUCAAUACCCUGAUGAUAAGGAGUACACAUCUUGGAACAAAGAGGAAAAAGAACAGCUGCGAUGUUAUAGACAGGACAUUGCUGAUACUUUAAUGUACACAUAUGCUCUGCUGCAACCACCAAACUCAUUGUUGGGGUUCUUAAAAGACCAUAUAGUGAAUCUCGUAAACAGAUCAAAGGCUGAACAGGUCAGAUGGCAGGAUUUGGAAGCAGUUUUAUUUAUGAUCUCAUCUUGCUCAGACUCAGCCGAGAUGACUGAGGCCAUCUACUUACCAACCAUCUUUAGUCAACUUGUUAGCAUCCCCUUUACACACAUCAGUCUCAUCUCAACAGCAUUAAACUUGAUAGGUUCUUAUGCAGAAUGGAUCAAUUUCAAUCCAGAAGUUCUUUCAAGUGCAAUUCCAUUAGUAUUACAAGGAAUAGGAAACCAAGAAUCUUCCAGUUGUGCUACUAUGGCAUUAAAAGAUCUAACUCGAGAAAACCAGUCACAUUUAUUGCCAUUCGCCAAAGAUAUCUUACAUACCUGUGAAACAGUUCUUGCAUCAAAUACAUUAAAGCCCAGGGAUGCUGUGCGUCUCAUGGUGUCCGUUGGUUACACUGUCUCCAUCCUCCCUGUCUCAGACAUGAUGUCCUACCUCAACACCUUACUGGCACCACAUAUACAGUCAUUGAAGUUACUCAUUGAGCAACAGCCAAGCGUUGCAGGAAAGAAUGCAAUUCUAAUGAAGUUAGGCCUGUUGUCAUGGUUAUUCACAUCUCUCAAUACAGACAGGGAAACUGAUGGAUCGCCCCCACCUGAAUGGAGCAACCAACAGCAACAACCUAUUCUAGUUAUCUUACAAGAUCUGUUCCCCGUUCUCCAAUCACUCAUGGUGAAGUGGAGUCUCGAUGUAGGAGUUGUCGAGUGUGUUUGUGAAAUCUUAAAACGUGCAAUAAGGACUUUGAUGGAUGCAUUUGCACCAUUGUCACUACAAACCUGCCAGUUGAUUGCUCAUAUAUACCAGUCCACCCCUCAUAUAGCCCUCUUGGAUCUAGCCAAACAGCUUAUCAUUCUGUUUGGAAGUAGUGAAUUCUUCAGAAUGACAGGUGUCAGUUUAUUUAACUCACUCUGUACAAAGACUCUAGCUACUUUACAACUGGGUCUUCAUGAUAGAACAGAUCUGGUUGAGGGCUUCAUGAACAUGUUACACCAGAUGAUAAAGAAAUGCAGUUAUUUAUUUUUGAAUACUGAAUGUAAUUUAGAUUCCCUGUUGCAAGCUGGAAUUGCAGGGAUGGCCUUAGCUGAAGGUCCAACAGUGAAAUCUUCUUGUUUGUUCUUGAGUGAAUUCUUAGGAGCAGAGAGUAAAAUACCAAAUUCUCCCAAAAUAGUGCAAUCCCAUUGUGGCACUCUAGUAGAGACCAUACUGAAGUGUGUAUCUGGUGAAUCACCUAGAAGCAACAUGGGUCCAAUAUCAGAUGUGCUUCUGGCCUUGAACAAGUUCCACUUUCAGUUAUUGUCACAGUGUAUGACGACUCUCAUACAACAAGAUUCAAUCAAUAUAGGUCAAGCCAGCACUGAGAAUAAGCAGACAUUUGCACGAAUGGUGCUCAAAGAAAGAGUAAACAAAAGAAAACUGAGAGAGAUUGUCAAUGAGUUCACACUGGCCUGUAGGGGACUUCUAGGUACUGACUAUGCUGCUCAGACUGCUCUUACGAUAUGAGAGAGAAUAUUAAACACGCACCAGUGUAAAAUGUACACUCCCCACCAAAGGUUUAGCAACUGGAAGUCACCUUUUAUACCACAUGAUAAGAGCCUGUUUAUAUUGUAACAAAUAUUCGGCAAAUAUUUUGACCUUAUGCAAU